UCCUCUGCCAGCAGCCACGCAGACUCGGCCGCGCCGCGCUCUAGGACGAUAAGCCGCCACCGCCGCCCCCGUCUCCGUUUCCAGCGCCUGCCCCUGGUCGUCUUACAGGAGCUGCGGCCCGUCCGGCUGUGGCCUCUGCUGGCGCCACUGUGAGUCCCUCGAGCAGCCGCCCGCACCCGCCCCCGCCACCGCCUCACUGCGACACGUCGCGGCGCAGCGCCGACCUCCACGCCGAACUGGAGGAUCAACUGGCUCGUGUGCUGGAGAAAAACACUGAGCUAACAAUCCAGAACACUGAUUUGCAGAAGCAAGUGCAGCACUUGCAGAAUGUGAAUGCCAGCGAUGGUCGCAGCCUCCCAGGUCUGGCCUCGGCCAGCAAGCCUGGGGACACUCUGGAGUCUAUUCUUAAGCAAAUGCGAGAGGCAGCUGACAAACGCAAGGAACUCGAAAGAGAACAUGCUGAGGCCCUCACACAGCUCCGAGAAAAACAGAAUGAAGCACAGAGGCUCACGAAACAGAGGGAUGCAUCUUCUAGAGAAAAAAGCAAGUCGUAUGAGACUAUUGAAGCUCUGCAGUCAAAAAUCCGUGAACUGGAAAAGAAAACAGAGCUUCAGAAUGUCCGCCAUGAAGAGCUUCUCCUUGAAAUGGCAAGCAUCAAACGAUCAGCACAAAGUGCUAACACAGCACUGGCAGCAGCUGCUGCUGCUGCCUCUGUCAACCACAACUCUCCUGAGUCAGGGCAUUCAACACCAGACUCUGCAAGGGUUGAUGGCAGUGGGAGUGCGGGUCCAAAUCGCCCAGCAGUCAUGACGUCAUCUGCACUUGACAACCUUGGUGACAUGCACCAAACCACCUCACGAGUAUUGCCACAUGGGCGCUCAUCUAGUCAACCUGGCCUGUCGAGCAAUUCAAGUAGCACAACAGCUGGAGGAAGUGUGUGUGCAGCAGGGAAUGUCACCAGUGGCACUACAGUACCCCUAGCCACACAAGCUGGGCAUGGUGAACAGAAUACACUUGCAUACGUCGGGGUGCCCAGUGCACAACCCUAUCAGGCACUGCCGGCUCCUCUGGGCACCCAGCCGCAAUAUGUAAUGCCUGUGCUAGCGCCAGCUGCUCCACCAGGAACCCAGCAGCAGACCUACGUGCCAACACACACAGCACGGCUUAUGCCGCAGAUACCGACAGCGGCAGCUGCUGCUACUGCAGGUAGAGGUGGUUACCUAAAUGGGAAUCUUCCGCCUGGAGUGUAUUCUACAUUUCCAGGAACUGAACAACAAAUGGUUACAGACAGCAAAGUUGUUGACAUGUUGGACAUUCCUGGUAAAGGUCGCUGUUAUGUAUACAUUGCAAGGUACUCAUAUGAUCCAUUUCAACAAUCUCCAAAUGAAAAUCCUGAAGCUGAGUUGCCAGUCAAUGCAGGAGAUUACUUGCUGGUUUGGGGUACUAUGGAUGAGGAUGGUUUUUUUGACGGAGAGCUCCUGGAUGGUCGUCGAGGUUUGGUUCCUUCCAAUUUCAUCCAAAAAUUAGUUGGAGAGGACCUUCUGGAAUUUCACCAAGCUGUUGUCCAAGGACUGAGGGACUGUGAUGAUAGUGCUUCCACCAAUGUUGGUCAAGAAUUGGAGUUUUCAGGACAUGAAAUAAUGCCCCUCGAUGAAGGCGUUUACGGGAAGCAGCGACUGUCACAACAAGAAUAUGCUUAUGCUGAGCUAGAUGACAUUCUGGAAGAAGAAGAUGAGGAACAAAUGGGAGAAGGUCCAGUCCCAGCCCCCAAGCAGCUCACGCUGGAGCGACAGCUGAACAAGAGCGUGCUCAUCGGCUGGAAUCCUCCAGACAAUUGCCCACCAUCUGCUAUAGAGAGCUACCACGUCUACGUUGAUGGUGUUCUCAAGACCACAGUUAAGGCAACAGAGCGGACGCGGGCACUCGUCGAGGGAGUUGACUCCACCAGGCCCCAUCGCAUCAGUGUUCGUUCAGUCACACCAAAUCGCCGUACUUCACGGGAUGCAGCAUGUACAAUGGUCAUAGGGAAAGAUGUACCUCUUGGUCCAACUAGUGUGCGUGCAAGCCGUGUCACCAGUUCAUCAGCUGUCAUCUCUUGGCUACCAAGCAACAGUAAUUAUCAACAUGUUGUAUGUGUCAACAAUGUGGAGGUUCGCACAGUAAAACCUGGAGUUUACCGGCACACAAUUACUGGCUUGGCUCCCAACACAGUUUACCGAGUGACAGUGAGGGCAAAAAACAUAAGAGCCCCACACUUUGAUGAGAAGAAUACUCAGCAAAUGGAACGGCUGUCUACACACAUUGAUUUUCGCACACUACCAAAAGGUCUGCCCGACCCUCCGGUUGACAUCCAAGUGGAGCCAGGCCCUCAGGAUGGAACCCUGCUAGUCACCUGGCUCCCUGUUACGAUCAACACAACAGCUCCGGUCACAGGCUAUGCAGUCUAUGCCGAUGGCAAGAAGGUCACUGAUGUUGACAGCCCAACAGGAGAUCAUGCCUUAAUAGAUGUAAAUAAGCUGCUUGGAUUAAACCCAAAGCAAGUGACUGUACGGACAAAAUCCCGAGACAGCCAGUCAACUGACAGUGUUCCCACUCCCAUACCCUCCAGUGCUCUGAAGGGCAAAACAGCAAAGUUAGUAAAACACUAUUUAUGUGCAUUUAUUUUGUAUGUUUGUUAUUGGCUGCAGAAUAAUAACCUAUUUACAUUUAUUUGUUUCCUGAUCCUUGUCAGUAUGAUUGCUUUAUGUUUGACAGUGUAUGAAGAAUAUGUAAAUGGUUUUUUAAUCUUUAUUUUUAUUUUUACAUUGGAAUUAAAGAGCAACAGUCCCAAAAUAAUUGCGGUUAAUGAGAUAGUGUUAUAUUUUGUUAAUCACUGUGUUUGA